CGAGGCGUAUUAGUAAAAUCUGAAAAUACACGCAAAUCAUAUAAUUGAAAGAAGAACAACCGAUUAAAGUCCGCGCAAACCCUAGAAAUUUUGAUAAUCUCAAAUCCGAAGCAAAACGAUUUCGUCAGCGGAAUCAAGGUACAGAUUUUCCCCUUUUUGUACAAUGUCACCGGAUCAUAGAGACAGCCAUAGAAAGAGGUCUCGUCCUCAGUCUGACUACGAUGACAAUGGUGGAAGCAAAAGGAGACAUCGUGGUGACGAUAGAGACUCGCUUGUAAUCGAUCGUGAUGAUACAGUGUUUCGAUACCUGUGCCCUGUUAAAAAGAUUGGGAGUGUCAUUGGUAGAGGAGGUGAUAUCGUAAAGCAAUUGAGAAUGGAGACUAGAUCUAAAAUUAGAAUAGGGGAGGCAAUUCCUGGAUGUGAUGAACGCGUGAUUACGAUCUAUAGCCCUAGUGAUGAGACCAAUACCUUUGAAGAUGGAGAGAAAGUUCUUUCUCCUGCGCAGGAUGCAUUGUUCAGGAUCCAUGACAGAGUAGUUGCUGAUGAUGCACAAAGCGAAGAUAGCUCUGAAGCAGAGCAUCAAGUUACCGCCAGGCUGCUUGUUCCUUCAGAUCAGAUUGGAUGUAUUCUUGGGAGAGGUGGCCAAAUUGUCCAGAACAUUCGGAGUGAAACAGGUGCUCAGAUACGCAUCAUCAAGGAUAGAAAUAUGCCUCUUUGUGCCUUGAAUUCAGAUGAGCUCAUUCAGAUAUCUGGAGAAGUGCUCAUUGUUAAGAAGGCUCUUCAUCAGAUUGCCUCCCGCCUCCAUGAAAAUCCUUCACGUACUCAGAACCAACUUUCUUCUGCAAUGGCCGGUGGAUAUUCUUCUGGUUCACUCAUGAGCCAUGCGGGUGGUACUCGAAUUGUAGGGAUAGCACCGCUGAUGGGUUCCUAUGGAGGAUACAAAAAUGAUGCAGGAGAUUGGUCACGCCCUUUAUACCAAGCUCCUAGAAAUGAGCCACCGGCAACAGAUUUCUAUAUUCGGCUAGUUUCCCCAGUUGAAAACAUUGCAAGUGUUAUUGGUAAAGGUGGAGCUCUAAUCAAUCAGCUUCGACAGGAAACCAGAGCAACCAUUAAAGUUGAUAGCACUAGAACUGAAGGAAACGAUUGUUUGAUAACUAUAUCAGCAAGAGAGGUUUUUGAGGAUGCGUAUUCCCCAGCCAUAGAAGCAGCUAUGCGGCUACAACCAAAAUGCAGCGACAAGGUGGAAAGAGAUUCUGGACUUGUUUCAUUCACCACUCGUCUUCUUGUACCAAGUUCGAGGAUUGGUUGUCUUCUUGGUAAAGGAGGAGCUAUCAUAAGUGAGAUGAGAAGAAUGACCAAGGCUAACAUCCGCGUACUCGGGAAGGAAAAUCUUCCAAAAGUUGCAUCUGAAGAUGAUGAGAUGGUUCAGAUUUCUGGAGAACUUGAUGUUGCCAAGGAAGCUCUCAUACAAAUUACAUCAAGAUUAAGAGCCAACGUUUUUGACCGGGAAGGUGCUGUUUCUGCACUUAUGCCGGUAUUGCCUUAUGUUCCUGUUGCACCAGAUGCUGGUGAUAGAUUGGACUAUGAUAGUAGAGAUAGCAGAAGACCUGAACGCGGGAACCAUUAUCCUGGUGGUUAUGGCUCAAGCGGCUUGUCUGCUGAAGGUUAUUCGCCUUAUGGUGCGCCGGUUGGUGGUAGUAGUAGUACUCCAUAUGGAGUGUAUGGAGGCUAUGCAUCUGGACGCAGUGGCAGUUCUGGGGUAUCCAGCCAUUCCUCUACCUAUCGACGCAGAAACUAUGAUUACUAGUAGCUGUUGGUGGGUGAUGAAAAAGUGUGAGAUCCUGAAGCCUGAAGCCAAUCCCACAGCCCACAGUUGAAGCCUUUUCACCAAACAAGAUGACAAAGCUGAACCACAAAACUCUACCUAGGAAGAACCGAUAACAUGUGGAUGAGAUAUAAUAAAAAUUGUCCAUGUCCGUUUGUUACCAAAAUACUGCCAAGCUCCUACCCGUUAAACCAUGUCUAGUUGCCUGUAAUGCUGUCUAUCUAUCUUUCAGUUUACCUUGUCUUUUCCUUGGAUCAGAUUCAGGAACCUUGAGUUUGGUUGUCCUUAGUCCCGUUUGUAUGAAUUAUGUCGCUAUAUUAAACGCUCUCAUGUAUUUGGUUUUACGAGCCUCUCUCUGACAGGUUUCGGUAUCACAAAAAGUGUUCACUUAAAAUCUCUCAGUCUUUAAAGAUCAUAUGCAGGGAAAGAGAUGAGUGAGAAUAUAUCGGUUCUCAUCGACUUUAGGAAGGUAAGUCAACCACUUGGGAAUCAAUCUAUUGUCCCUUUUGGUCCACAUAAAAGGUAUAUAAACUUCUUCUUCUUCUUCUUCUUCUUCUUCUUCUUCUCUCUCUCUCUAUCUCUCUCUACGUUAUUUCUAUGUACAUAUGCUUCUCUGCCAGCAGUUGAAGACGGGAUACUAUAUCUGGAAGAUUCUCAUCGUUGGAAACCAAUCUUUUGAUUAUUAGAUUGUUGUCAAGCUUCAUCUCGCCAUAUGUGAGAAUUUAGAACUACUUAAAACAGUUUUUAUGUAAAAUUAUUGGAUCGAUAAACUCAAUAAUCCUUUUUGUUUGUGUUCA